AUAAACCUCAACAAACACACCAUUACCACACUGUAAAGCAAUAAAAUGCCAAGAAAAGGAAUGAGAAGCAUUUUCUUCAAACCACCACUUCCUUCCCCGUCAUCAGUCCCACCUCCCUCUCCUCUCCGCACCUUCUCAGACUCCUUAAUGCAAGAAAACAUAGAAACAGCGGAGUCACUCAUAACAAAAUGGGACUAUUCCAACGCCAAUUCCCAAUCCAAAAUCACUACGUCUCUUUUCAGUGGCACGCGCCACGAAGCCGAACAGUACCUAAAUGCCGUUAAGGGACUACAAUCCGCUAUGCAGUACCUCGUCGCACAGGAUUCCACCUCCACUUCCCUCGUGCGACCUCAGUUCUUGAUGCAACUCGCAAUGAACACGCUCGAGAAAGAGUUCUACCAGAUUUUAUCUUCUAACAGGGAACACUUGGAUCCCGAAACCGUCUCCGCCCGUUCCUCCGUCGAUCACAGAAGCAGCGUCUCCGAUUGCGACGACGAAAUAUCCGAAAAUGAGUUUCGCGUCUCCGAGACCGAGAGGGUUUCCAUGCUCGCCAUGGCCGAUUUGAAGGCCAUCGCCGAAUGUAUGAUUUCGUCUGGAUACGGCAAAGAGUGCGUCAAGGUUUACAACGUUAUGAGAAAAUCAAUCGUCGAUGAGGCACUUUACCAUCUCGGAGUGGAACGGUUGAGUUUCUCUCAGGUUCAAAAAAUGGAUUGGGAAGUGCUCGAGUUCAAGAUCAAGAGUUGGUUAAACGCCGUUAAAGUCGCCGUUGGAACUCUGUUUCACGGCGAGAGGAUCCUCUGCGAUCACGUCUUCGCUGCCGAUUCAGGGAAGAGAAUCGCCGAAUCCUGUUUCACCGAAAUUACGAAAGACGGUGCCGCGUCGCUGUUUGGAUUCCCGGAAAUGGUGGCAAAGUGCAAGAAAACGCCGGAAAAAAUGUUCAGGACUUUGGAUUUGUACGAAGCCAUCUCAGACCACUGGCCUCAAAUCCAACAUAUCUUCUCCUUCGAAUCAACUUCGAAUAUUCGCUUGCAGGCCGUUACAUCAAUGGCCAAACUCGGCGAGGCCGUUAGAACGAUGCUAACGGAUUUCGAAACCGCGAUUCAGAAGGAUUCCUCCAAGAAACCGGUACCCGGCGGUGGGGUUCACCCUCUCACGCGCUAUGUGAUGAACUACCUCACGUUCCUCGCCGAUUACAGUGGCGUGCUGGUCGAUAUAAUCGCCGAUUUGCCGCAAUCACCGAUGCCGGAAUCUUACUAUCGCAGCCCGAUGCGUGAGGAAAACACGUCGGCUUCGGAGUUAUCGGAGCGAAUCGCGUGGCUCAUACUCGUCGUGCUUUGCAAGCUCGACGGCAAAGCGGAGCUGUACAAGGACGUGGCGCUCUCUUACCUGUUUCUCGCGAAUAACAUGCAAUACGUUGUCGAAAAGGUUCGCAAAUCCAACCUAGGAUUCCUUCUCGGCGAGGAUUGGUUGGAGAAGCACGAAUUGAAGGUUGGAGAGUACGCGUCCAAGUAUGAGCGCGUAGGGUGGAGCGCGGUGUUUUCAUCGUUGCCGGAAAAUCCCGCGGCGGAGAAAGCCAGGGCCUGCUUCUUGAGGUUCAAGGCUGCGUUUCAAGAAGCGUGUAAAAAACAAAGCUCGUGGAUCGUAUCCGACCCGAAACUGCGUGACGAAAUCAAAGCGUCGAUAGCUUCGAAGUUGGCGACCAAGUACAGUGAAUUCUACGAGAAGAACCGGGUCGGGUCGGAGUCUGUCAUUAGAGUUUUACCCGAUGAAAUUGAAAAAUACUUGUCUGACAUUUUGUAUGGGAACGGCAUUGGAGAUUCGGGUAGCGUCUAGUCGACGACGUCGUCUUCUCGUCACUCCAGUCGACGGUGAAGUCGGAGAUGUCGCCGAUCAUUGAUGACGUCACCAGUCCAUUAUAUUUUUGAAAAAAAAUUAGAUUAAAUUAAGGGGCAAGAAAAUGUCCUGAGAGGCUAGAAAUGGAAAACACGACAAGAUAGAGUAUUCUUACGUGUUUACUGUAUAUCUUUGAUCUUUCAACUUGCUUACUGUAUAUGAUUUUUAUAAUUUUUUAAAACUACAAUUUAUUUAUUUUAAACUUCUAGGUUCUCUUUUUUAUUUGUUUUUCAUUCCAGCGGAAGAAGGGAAAAUUGAAGGAAGAAGUAAAUUUUUCAUUAAGAUACGCUGAACUCGAUCCGGGUUUUACAGCUCAUUCACAGUAACAAUCCUUUUAAAACGGUGUAAAUUUUUGUAUUGAAAGCAUAUAUAAAUGAUGCAUUAAUAAUUGAUAUAGGUAUUACGGUAAGAAAAUUAUACUUACCAAAAUGAUAAAAUUUAAAUUCUUAAAUAGAGUGCUAUUGUAUCCAUUUUUAUUAAGUAAAAUAUUCUAU